GUUUUAAUUGAAUGCAUUACAAUAAUCACAAUAGCAAGACCUCUGACGCCGAAAGUGAGGUAUAAAAAUGGAAGGAACGAGCAUUGAAAUUAGAAAGUGGAUUUAAAGUAAAAAUGUGUGAUAGAUUAGGAAUUAUAACAAUUGAUGGAAGAAUCUGAUGAUAUGAGGAAUACAUUGGAGAAAAAAAUAAUGGAAAAUUAAUAAUUAUCAAUUGAGAAUAGUAGAUUAAAAGAAAGAUUAUUUAAUAUGGAUAUUCCUGAUAAAGGAUUCUCAAACAAAUUGCUUGAUGACCACGAAAUCAAAGAAAAAGAAUUCAUAAUUUAGAAAUUAGAAUAGGAGAUAAUCGAUAAGGAUAAUCAAAUUCUCAAAUUUAAAAGAGAAAUUGAAUCGAUUAAUGUAUCUGAAAUUUGAAUAUUUAGAGAAGAUCUAAGUUAAAGGAAGAUGAGUUACAUAGAUAAUAUUAAGCAAAGUUAGAAGAUUUGCAAAUACUCUAUAAAAAUGAUUCAAGUGACAAUUAAUAAGAGAAGUUUCAAUUAACAAAAAAAUUGGCUGAUAUGGAAUAGGUAUAUUGAUAAUUCACUCCAUUUAGAUUGUAACUUACAGGACAGAAGAAAAUUAAUUAUUAAUUAAUGAAUUAAAUUUAAAGAAUGAACAAAUAGUUGAAUUGAAUAAUCAUAAUAAAUUACUUGUAGAACUUAAAAAUAAAGAAUUCAAAGAUUCAUAAAUACAAUAUUAAAUAUCAACUCAAUAGUAAUUAAAGCAAAUGGAAGAAGCCUUAGCUUAAUACAAGCGAAGUUAAGAGUCAAAUUUAAGUGAAAUUGAGCAAUUAUUAUAAUUUAAGCAAUCAAUGACGCUUAAAAUCAAUGAUGUAUUAUAAUUAAACUAUGUUUUUAGCUCUCAUCUACAAAUUAGCACUUAUUAAUAGAGAACGAGAGCUUAAAAUCGACACUUUUAUUAUUUUAGAAACAAAAGGACUAAGAUGAUUAUAUGUAUGAAGAUUAAAAAAAAAAAGAAACAUUGCAUUUAAAGAGAUACUAUGAAACACUAUUAGAAUAAGUAGAGAAGGAAAAUAGAAGUUUAAGAUUACUUUUAGAAUAAAAAAGCAGAGAAUUAGAUGAUUUAUGUAAAAGAUUUUGA